AUAAAAUCCACCAAACCUUCUAAAACUUCCAUUUUUUUACGCUGUUCAGCUUCAAGACUGUUCAUUUAUGUGCUGGUUGUGAUGAAGAUCCCAUCUUUCAUGUUCCUUUUGCUCACUUUUUAGUCAAAAACAUCGUAUUUUAGAAAGAAAAAAAGAGAGGUCCUUGUACAGUUGUCGACUGGGACACAAAUUGAACAAGAGAAAAAAUCAAUAAAAUUGAGUGUUCUUUUUUUCUUACAUCAGAUCUGAGGCUGUUGAUGAAAUUUGAUUAGUUUCGUCCAAGUUCAGUUAUCUUCUUUGUGGGUUCCUUAUAAAAAGAAAAAGGAAUUUCGAAGAUUGUAUGUUUUAAGGCUGUGAGCUGAUUUCUUGAAAUUUUAUUACAUGUUUUCUGGCUUCUGAGGUUUAUUUUCGGAGGCUUUUUUGUUUUUUUUUUUCCUUGAAUUUUCUUUUUUUCGUAAGAAAAUGGGGAGUUGCUUGAGCAACCAGAUAAAGGCUGAGAGCUCUUCUCAAACAGUCGUCUCCAUGUUCUCAUCGCCACCGCUCCGCCGCCGCUUCUCCACCGCAACCGACCGACUGACCGGCCAAAUCCUCGCCGCCGUCAUUCAAAACAGACCUCUCGACUCCGCUCCUACCCAACACAACCAAACCCGCAUCUGGACAUCAGAUAACGUCUCUCAGGUCCUGAGAUCAAUCCCUCUACACCUCUUCCAGUCGCCGAGAUCCAUCGGCCGCCAGAAAACCCACCGCCACCGCUCCCCAAUUCGUCAGCGAAACCUCAAGCAGGAAACAACCAAUCGCAAAACAGGCUCCCUAUUCCUCGGCCCCGCGGCCCACAGAGACCCCAAGCUCCUGAAUCUUGGCCUCGACAAAGCGCUCGAGUUCUUCUACUGGGUCGAGAACCGGUUCGGCUUCCGGCACGACGAGCGGACCUGCCGCGAGAUGGCGAUCGUCCUCGCCAAAGGCAAUCGAAUGAACCUUCUCUGGGAUUUCCUCAAGAACAUGUCUAGGCGGCGGCUGCACGAGAAUCACGCUGCCCUCGUCACCACCUCCACCAUGACCUGCCUCGUCAAAACCCUAGGCGACGACGGCCUGGCGAACGAAGCCCUCUCCGCCUUCUACAGGAUGAAGCAGUUCCACUGCUCGCCGGACGUCCGAGCCUAUAACACGGUAAUUCAAGCACUCUGCAGAGUCAAUUUCUUCAAAAGGGCAAAAUCCAUCUUCGAGCAGAUGAGUCUUCCCGGAUUCAAAUGCCCACCGGACAUCUUCACCUACACGAUCCUCAUCAGCUCCUACUGCCGCCACGCGCUGGCCACCGCCUCCCGGAAAGCCAUCCGGCGGCGGGUUUGGGAGGCAAACCAUUUGUUCCGGCUGAUGCUCUUCCGGGGAUUCUCGCCAGAUGUGGUGACCUACAAUUGCUUGAUCAACGGGUGUUGCAAGACAAACAGGAUUGGUCGUGCAGUUGAGUUGUUCGACGAAAUGUGCGAAAGAGAAUGUGAGCCUAACCGAGUUACUUACAACUCGUUCAUAAGGUAUUUUAGUGCUGUGAAUGAGGUUGACCGGGCUAUUGAGAUGUUGAGGAUGAUGAAGGAGAGGAAUCAUGGGGUGCCGAGUUCGAGCUCAUACACGCCUAUUAUUCAUGGUUUGUGUGAGGUCGGGAGAGUGGAGGAAGCGGCGGCUUUCAUGGCGGAGUUGGUGGAGGGAGGUUCAGUUCCGAGAGAGUAUACGUAUGAGUUGGUUCGUGGGGCUUUGGAGUCGGGAGGGAAAAUGGGUUUGUUGGAUGAAAGGUUGUGUGGGGAGAUUGAAGAUGGUAUUGAGGAGAGGAUUAGAUGUGUGAUGAAGGUGAAAAAUAGUUUGAGGCGGGAAAGGAGAUGA